AAAUUUCCGAUGAAACAAUGGUGGAAAGUGCUUUAGUAUGGUUUUCUAUGAAAAAUAGUGACAUGAAACUGAACAGAAAAGUUGUCUUCCUUUCAACAAUUAUUGCAGUAUGCAUCUUCUGUGGAAUUAAUAUACUUUGGAUUGGAAGAGAAAUUACCAGGAACUCCUACACUGGAAAGAGAUGGAAUAAAUUUAAUGUAUCAGUAGGAAGAAACGAAAAAGGACACAAUAAUGCAAAGAACCCAAGAAAAUUUCAGAGCCUUGAUUAUUCAUUGGAAUAUUGUUCACUGUCGACUUUACAGUCAGAAAUGAAAGGAAAUAGGACAUUAGACCUGGAGCUCUGUGUCAUGGCCGAGUGUGAUAUUGGUGACCGCUACAAUAGACACGCCACGUUAGAAACCUGCAAUAUGUUUUAUUGCAGCAAAUCAAAAUGUGGUCACGUGAAAUGUCCUCAAGAAGGAGAAACGUGGAAUAGGACGAAUGUUCACACAUACACUGAUAGCGGAGUGGAGACCGAUAAGAAGAGUUGUACUUCGUUUUCAUUUUCUUCUGCAAGAAGAAGGGGGAUAGUUGGAGGUCAUUGGAGGCCGACAAGAUGUCGUUCCAAGAGAAAGGUUGCCAUAAUUAUACCAUUCAGAGAUAGAGACGAACACCUGUGUAGUUUACUUAAGAACUUAAUUGCUAUUCUAAUCGUACAGCAAUCAGAAUUCAGGAUAUUUGUGGUUGAACAGAUAGGAAAUGGUACAUUCAAUAAGGGAAGGCUGAUGAAUGGAGGUUUUCUGGAAGCAUCGAAGAUGUUCAAUUUCAAUUGUGUUUUCUUUCACGAUGUUGAUCUCAUCCCAGAGAAUGAUGGCAAUCUUUAUGAAUGUGGGGAACUGCCACGCCAUUUAUCAGUGGCUAUUGACGAAGAUGACUACAAGUUGAUGUACAGUUGGUUGGUGGGUGGAGUGUUAGGCUUUAGACCAGCGCAAUUCUGGAAAGUUAAUGGAUAUUCCAAUAUGUUCUGGGGUUGGGGAGGAGAGGAUGACGAUAUGUAUUACAGAAUCAUCCAUUCUAAACUGCGUAUACACCGGCCUCCAGCUUCCGUCGCCAGAUACACAAUGAUACGACACAAGAAAAGGGAAAGGUGGCCAAAACGUGUAGAAGUAUUGAAGACAUCAGAAAGUAGGAUGAAAACAGAUGGACUGAACCACGCUCCUUACAAACUAAUUUCCAUCCAACCUUACACGUUCUACACAAAGAUAAAACUUGACGUAUUCAGAGAAGAUGACCAGCUGCAUGACGUAAUCACAGAAAUGUCAACUAUGACGUCAAAUGUCACGAGGACACGAAGUGAACUCACAGGCAAAUAAAAAAUGUACUGACAUUUUAUUUAUUAAUAAUAAUCAUUUUCAUUCAUUCGGUGCAUCCCACUGAAGUUGAAAUAAAAAUAAUCACUGUCUA